UGUGUGUGGAUCACCUAAAUCAUUGGGUAUUUCAUCAACUGGGUGAGAAUUAAUUGCUAGAAGUAUGCUGGGUUUUUUGGAAUACAUGUCCUGAAAAUGUUGACAUAUUAGUGUAUAGAUUUUUAAAAUUAAUUUGUUCAAAAUUAAUAGCAGGCAUGUUGGAUUGAAUUAUAUUCGAUUUGUGUGGAGAGGGCUGCGUUUUGGGGGGAAAUGCUGGGUUGUUGACGUGCUCGCUCUCUCUCUCUCUCUCUCUCUCUCUCUCUCUCUCUCUCUCUCUCUCUCUCUCUCUCUCUCUCUCUCUCUCUUAAAUGACCGCGGGAGGGUGUCCAAGGUGCUUACCUGUUUCCAUUGUAAUAUCAGAACCUAUACGCGUAUCUUUGUUACAUGACGGACACUACUUAUUUCAUCUAUGACACACUCAAUGUCAUCUCCUUCACGAUACAAAAGUGACGUUACGUAGAUGAUACAAAAAUUAAUUAGUAAGCAAAUUUAUUCUUAUAAAGAGAAUGGGCGACUUAUGUUGCAUCUGAUCUAUCAAUUUACAUUCGUUUAUAAAAAAAAAUAUCAAAUAAUUUUGUGUGUCUGACUUCUGGUUUGUGAGAAUGUAAUAAAUAUACGCACCUGUAUUAUGUCCACAAAUUAACAAUAUCGGCUAUCAUUUCAACAAAAACAACAUGGCUGUCGUGGAUGUUUUAAAAUGACACGAUAGGAAACUUACACCACAUGGAAAUGGUGGUUUUAUGGAAAUUCAAUUUUUCUAGCACCUCGAAGUAGUCGUGACGUAGAUGACAAUUAAGGAAUCUAGGGACAUGGAUUUUUAACUCAAAACCUCGAUUAUUAAAGUUAUUUAGUAGCUAACAAAUUAUUUUGCACAUUGAAGGAUGCUAUUUUUCAUGAGGACUUCCUGACAAAAUACAUGUUAUUUAAUACGUACUGGUUACACUUGAUGGCUACCUUGUAACUUAGAAACCAGGAAAUGGGGACGGCCGCUUUUUACUACCUUCUCAGUGAAAUAUCAGAAGAAAAUGCCAGAGAGGUAAUUUACAAUCUCAAAAUAGUGUAGGUAUUAGAAUGAAUUAUUUGCUAAGAUGACACAAACAAAAAUAUUACUUGAUUUUUUUUUUUUUUAAUUUAUUGAUUUUUUUUUUACAGAGUUUUUCAGUACUAAAAUUAGGGUACGCCAAUUUGCCCUGUUACUGCAGAAUGACUCUUACCCAAGACUCGUGCUGGAAAUGAGAGAUGAUGUGACUAUCUUUGAAAGGAAAGGUUGGAUUUUGUUUUCAACAUGCAAUGCUACUGUCAUAAUACGUCACUGUAUUCAGUUAAGCGUAACCUGUCACUAGAUACACGUGCCACUAAUAAAUCAGCACAGCCAACACCUAGUAAGUACAUUUCAAUCGAUAAUUGCACAAAAUUAUAUAUUAAAUUGCAAGUUACUGGUCAUUAUUAUCAUGUAUCUAUUCCAAAAUGCAUCUGGUUACAUAAUAAAAGACGAGAAAGAAGAAGGAAGAGAAGAAGGAGGAAGAAACACUUAUCCAAGAUUUGUGCUGGCAAGAAACUCUUCUUCUACAGAAAACUGACUGUCUUGACAGUGAGCAAUGGGAGCACAUAUAAAUCAAUCAAAUCGGUCUGUGCCGAGAUUGGAUCCAUUGCCAGUGGUUUUGUUCGGAUUUGAAACACUCACAAACAUAAACUUACUCCAUGUGCAGUUUAUAAAUGUAACGUUGUUGUAACAAUCAUAUGACGUCAACACGUUGAUGGAGUGAUCAAGGUCUGUAGUCAGGGGAAAAUUGAGUCAUUAAUAAUGGAAAAAGUACUUGGCUAGAUAUGACAUUGUAUUCGGAACACUUCGAUUGAUUCCACGAAUCAGACUUCGUACUCAUUAUACCACAGGGAGACUAGUUUCUGUAGGCAUAAACAAUCGGUUGUAAAUUAUAUCAAUAUUUAAAAACUAUGCAAAUAGCUAGGCCUACCUAUUUAUUAGACCUAUUAUUUAUGUUCUUCAAAUGAGCACUAAACAGUCCCGCCGGAACAAUAUCUGACGUGGAGGCCCCGCCCAAUUUCUGGAGUGAGGGUGUGUGGGAGACACAAGACAUUUUUUAUCAUUAUAUAGAGUAGGACUAAAAAAAAGCGUACGUUUUCGACCUCAAGUGCCCCAACCCCACCGUCUGAUUUCUACGGGCCAGCUAAAUUAGCUGCAACGUAGGAACGUUUGCCGCACAGACUUAUCAUGCAUCAACUGUAAAUUUAUACUGUAUCACCUCUUUUGGCGGGUGAAACAUUUAGUCGGUCAACUGAUUAAAGGCCAGAACUGUGUGUGUGUAUGUGUGUGUGUGUGUGUGUGUGCGCCCCACGCGCGCGUGUGUGCGUACGCGUGUGUCUCUGUGUGUGUGUGUAUGCGUGCGUGCGUGGGUGUGGGUGAGAGAGAGAGAGAGAGAGAGAGAGAGAGAGAGAGAGAGUUUGUGUGCUUAUUAUAUGUUAAAGGAAUAUUAAAUAAAAUCCUCAGCAACCAUUGUUAACAGAAAAUAUUUUGGAUCACGAAGACAACAAUCGUUAUGUGUUUUAAGUUGAAUCAAUUAAUUGUUACAAUGGUAAAAUUGUUUGAUUAAAAAUGCAGAUGCAUUCAAUGUCCUAAUAAAUUAUAAACUGACUCCAAGAAUAUCAGUUUACGGAAUAAAAGCAACUACAGCUGUGAUUGGUAUAUUUAAUAUGUGACAGCGUUAUGUGUGUAAAUUAAAAUAUUCAAUUUGUUUAUUCUAAUCUAGUCGGGCGGUAGACCAUGAAACUUUGCAGUUCUUAAUUGUUAGCAUUUUUAAAUAUUCAGCAUGUCAUAAUUAUGUUUAAUAUUAUGCGAAUUAAUAAUUAUUAUGAAUUUCUGUUAUUAAGUAUUUGGUUGUAAUGUUUAUGGCUAUGUAGUUGCAUGAGGUUGUAUUAACCUUCUUGUUUAAAUAUACAAAUUUCUCCAAUUUUGGUGGGUACACAAACCAUUAAUAACAGAAGCGCGUAGUGCUUGCGCCUCUUGAGAUGUUAAAUUAUUUAUAUUGACGGGAAUUUAACAAAUUAUUUGUGUUAAAACUAGUUUCCACAAUAUCUCCUUGAAAAAAGUAAAAAUAAUCAUUGGUUGAAACAAGUGUAUAUACAUUGUAUAUAAACAACUAGCACAUAAUAAUACAUGGACGGUAAUACUAACCACUAACCCACAUACAGCCCAGAACAGUGUACUUGAAAGCUUAACUGGAUAUACACACGAAAAUACGUAUUAAAAAAACCUAAACAAACAAAAAGUAACAUAUAACUCAGUAGCGCGCUUACGGGACUUUGUGCAGGGAGUUUAGACUGUGGCAAGUGAAGGUUGUGGAUUACUAGGGGUCGAGUAAUGUUCCUCUGGAAAAUAUAUUAAGAAAAAAAAAAUUAGCUUUGGAGCAGGACUUUCAGUGUUACGAUUCAAACUUAUUACUCUGUGCGAGAGCUCCACGCUCUACACAGUAACCUAAAAGUAAACUUGCACUAGCCGAAACCAGGUGAAGGAACUAUAUAUUUAAAUCCUAUUACUCGUACAUUUGCAGCCUGGGUUCAUACACAAACAACGGCGGAAUGUACGACAAAUUAACGUACACAUGACUGGUUAACGGUUGCUAGUUUUACAUGGUGUCCAAUAAAAACAAAUUCCAGCGCAUCAAACGAACUACUACAAGUUCAGUCGGAAUAUGGCCACCUCCGACAAAAACAAACUGACCUUUGGCCAACUUCCUGAUUUGUCCAGUCUCUCUCAGGCUGAACGACUCCAGGUCAUCGCAGUUAUGGAUAGAGCAAAGGAAUUUGAGAGUCUAGAUGAAAAGAAGAAUUCCAACAUGAGGCAACCGUUGGAGGGACUGCUCAACAAGUACACAAAUGUUAUGAAAGGAUGGCAGUUCCGCUGGUUUGUUCUAGAUCCCGUGUCUGGUGCACUGGAAUAUUUUGAGAAAGAAGAACACAAAAAGCAAAGACCACGAGGCUGCAUUCAUCUGGCAGCUGCAGUAGUAUCUCCGUCAGAUGAAGACUCCCAGACCUUCACUGUGAGUGCUGCCAAUGGAGACAUCUAUCGCUUGAGAGCUUCUGACGCCAAGGAAAGACAACAAUGGGUUGACCGGAUCCGAUCCACUGCAGAGUUCCACACAGCCCAUAUUGGCCAGAGUUUAACUUCAGAAAACAUCCAUUCUCUUAGAUCGCAGCACAGGGGUUCGUUUUUGUCGAAACCAGAUCCAUUUAAGCAAGUAAAGGAAUAUUUAUUAGAAGCAGAAGAUUAUUGGAAACAUCUAGGAGAAAAGAUUUCAAUUUUACCAUAUAGCGAUUCAAACAAGUAUCUGACGGCCUUAGAUCCUGAUUUGUUACUUCUGAAAGCCACCUCAGCUGCGACAUUACACUCGUUAGAACAGUGUUUAACUCUUUUAAAGAGUAGAGAGAUAAAAGGUGACCAUUCACAAAACUGUCUUCCUUUUGAACAUGGUGAAUCUAAAGAAAACAUUGCUAGCUGUGUGUAUGUAAACUUCACGGAACCUAGACCUGUUGACACUAGUCUGCCUUCUCCUACAGAAAGCUUUACGUCAGUCACUUCUCUCCCUUAUGUAUUUCAAGAUCAAAAGUCUGAAGGUCCGAUCAAUCACGAGGAUGAGAUGACGGAUGAGGAGGAGUACAAGGACUCGGAGCUGGGAGAGGUGGAGGAACACAAGAGCAUCAUCCUGCAUCUCCUGUCACAGCUCAAACUAGGGAUGGACCUAACAAAGGUCGUUCUACCAACAUUUAUCCUAGAAAAACGUUCCCUGCUUGAAUUGUUUGCAGACUGUAUGGCCCAUCCUGACACGUUUCUUAGAAUCCCAGAUUUAAAAGAUCCCGAAGCCAGAAUGUUGGCGGUUGUUGAGUGGUAUCUGACAUCGUUCCAUGCUGGAAGACAGGGCUCUGUUGCCAAAAAGCCGUACAACCCAAUUAUUGGCGAGACGUUCCACUGUUCGUGGAAAGUACCACUACCAUCCGACAGCGACGGGACAGAUGUUGACAACGUCGGGGAACCGGAACCCGUUGAGCUUGUGUACUGUGCUGAGCAGGUGUCCCAUCAUCCACCUGUUUCAGCUUUUUACUUCGAGUGUCCUGAGAAAAAGGUGAAGAUGAAUGCUUCUAUAUGGACCAAGUCAAAGUUCAUGGGAAUGUCUAUUGGUGUGGUCAUGGUUGGAAAAGUCCACCUGCACCUGUUGGAACACGAUGAGGAGUACGUGUUCACACUGCCGAGUGCCUACGCACGAUCCAUCCUAACGGUGCCGUGGGUGGAACUCGGGGACAAAAUCUCCAUCUCGUGUGAGAAGACCGGAUACAAUGCAGCUGUCGUCUUUCAUACCAAGCCUUUCUAUGGAGGAAAGGUUCACAGAGUGUCGGCCGAAGUUAAGAACGUGAAUUCCGGAGAUGUCAUCUGCAAGGUGAUGGGAGAGUGGAACAGUUCAUUCGAGUUCACCUACAACAAUAAUGAAGUGAAAAACGUCAAUAUCCACGAUCUUCGUAUUUGGCGGAAGAGAGUGAGACCGAUUCCACUCCAGGGCGAGUUUGAAUCCAGGAGGCUGUGGCAGCAUGUUACAAAUGCUCUUAAAGUUGGGGAUGUUACCACGGCUACAGAACACAAGAAAUAUCUUGAAGAUCGUCAAAGAGAAGGGGAAAAACACAGAAGGGAAACAAACUCACCAUUUCCAACAAAGUUCUUCUGUUAUGAUGGAGAGAAAUGGGUAUACAAGAAUUUCUACACAAAGACGAAGGAAACGACUUCAUGAUUCAGUUUUUAGGACUUUCUGAAUACUUGUAUAGCCUGAUCAUCAUUAUAGACACAUGUUGCACCUUAGUUGUUAGUUUGUUACCAACAGUAACAGUUAGUCCUGUUACCAACAGUAACAGUUGUUAGUCUGUUGCCAACAGUAACAGUUGUUAGUCUGUUGCCAACAGUAACGGUUGUUGGUCUGUUACCAACAGUAACGGUUGUUGGUCUGCUACCAACAGUAACAGUUGCUGGUCUGUUGCCAACAGUAACGGUUGUUGGUCUGUUGCCAACAGUAACGGUUGUUAGUCUGUUGCCAACAGUAACGGUUGUUGGUCUGUUGCCAACAGUAACGGUCGUUGGUCUGUUGCCAACAGUAACAGUUGCUGGUCUGUUGCCAACAGUAACGGUCGUUAGUCUGUUACCAACAGUAACGGUCGUUAGUCUGUUACCAACAGUAACUGUUGCUGGUCUGUUGCCAACAGUAACGGUUGUUAGUCUGUUGUCAACAGUAACGGUUGUUAGUCUGUUGUCAACAGUAACGGUUGUUAGUCUGUUGUCAACAGUAACGGUUGUUAGUCUGUUACCCACAGUAACGGUUGUUAGUCUGUUGCCACCAGUAACGGUUGUUAGUCUGUUACCAACAGUAACGGUUGUUAGUCUGUUACCAACAGUAACGGUUGUUAGUCUGUUGCCUCCAGUAACAGUUGCUGGUCUGUUGCCAACAGUAACAGUGUGUAGACUUGGACAGUUACCGCUAAGACGUGCAAUAAGAUGAUUGCAUUCUGAAGCAGAUACAAGCUUCAUGUUCAUUAGUGUUAACGAGUUUAACAUCACACAGAUAUUCUUCACAGAUUGCUAUUUGUUUUGGUUUUCCUAAUGUGUCUAAUGGUUGAAACAUACUAAUUUACUCACAGACUGUCAGUUGAUAACAACCAGGGUAAUUGUAUAUCUAUUUAUGUGUUAUACUUGCAUUGAAAAGAGCAGGGCCCAUAUUUUCGAAGCUGUCUUAGCUGUACGAUAUUGUAAAAUCAUUGUAAGCCAUGAUAUCACUUGGUGUGUGCUGUAGUGACAUCAUAGCCUAUAAUGUUUUACAGUUUCGUAGUGUUAAGAUAGCUUUGAAAAUCUCUAGCCUGUAUUGUAACUUUUUAACUAAAUUCAGCUCACGUUUUAUGUUUUCAAACUGAGUAGCUAACUUAUAAUAUUUUGCUUUUGAAUGAAAAGAAUGUUUCUGAAUAUAGUUUUUUCCUCGCCAACACAAAAAUUAUAAGAUAUUUUUAAAAUGUGGACAUUUAAUUUUAGUAUUUAAAAUGGGGUUUAGGUCUCACUAUACAGAUGUCAUGUGCCAUUGAAAUCCAUGUUUACUUGUCCUAAUUCAAAUGAAGAUUGCUAAUAGAAUGGGUUCUCUUUACAAGAUAUAUUAUACUUAUAUUUAUUUUCAUUACAAAAUCAAGAACAUUUACAUCUGACAGUCUUGCCAUAUGAUCCCAUCUGGCUGUAGUAUCUGUCUACAAACUGUUUUAAUUUUCUUCCCUAAGUAUUAAAACGUGAAUAUGUGAACCACACAUGUAAUAUGUAGGAACUAUAGUAGACAUGAUCAUUGAACUCUUACCCAAAAGUGAACUCUCUAAUGAGACACAUUUUAUUUAUGGUUAUAUGGCGUCAGACAUAUGGUUAAGGACCACACACAUUGAGAGAGGAUACUUGCUGUCGCCACUUCUUGGGCUAGUUUUUUUAUUUGCACCAUCCCACAG